CCAAACCCCACCUAUAUAUUAUAAGAGAGAGAAGUUUAGUGUUGGUUGAGGGCAGGAAGCAGGGUUUUUUAUUUCAGGUACACGCAAUGGCUUCCAGGUUGCUGUGGGCUUCAAGGGCUGCCUCGUACCUCAGGAUCUCAGCUUUCCAAAGAGGCUUUGCUUCUGUUGUGAAGGAUCUUAAAUAUGCGGACUCACAUGAAUGGGUGAAAGUUGAGGGGAAUUCUGCUACUGUUGGUAUAACUGACCAUGCUCAAGAUCAUUUAGGUGAUGUUGUGUAUGUUGAAUUACCAGAAGUGGGGGCUCCUGUAACACAGGGCAGCGGCUUUGGUGCAGUUGAGAGUGUCAAGGCUACUAGCGAUAUUUAUUCUCCAGUUUCGGGGAAAGUGGUUGAAGUUAAUGUAGAGCUCUCCAACUCUCCUGGUCUGGUUAACGCAAGCCCAUAUGAAAAAGGAUGGAUAAUUAAGGUCGAGGUGAGUGACAAUGGUGAAUUGAAGAAGUUGAUGGAUGCGGAUCAGUACUCCAAGUUCUGUGAAGAAGAAGACGCAAAGCACUGAGUGGCUUUGGUCAUGAAAGAACUUGUAGGUGCUUCUUUUUUUCUUUUUCUUUUUCAUGGAGAGCUUGUUUCAGGGAUAAUCAUAUAACAAAUCAAGGAAUCCAAAUGGUGCACACUGCACAUUUCUUUCUUUAUGUUUUUAUCCGAACAUGUUUCUUAAGAAUAAUCAUCCUGGGUUUUCACUUUU